AUGACUAUAUCUAUAGUUACUCUUACUAUCCUUAAAGACAACAACGCUAGGAAUCCUAGAACAAUAUCUGGAUUGACAGAGCUAAACCCUAGCGAUCACAGAAUAAACAUGAAUCGAAACAGCAGACAUAACAUUACCGGAAUCAAUGAAUGGAGCUUCUCUUCAAGAAAAUCAUUUUUCCCCUUCCCUUGUUCAAGUGAUGAUGUCAAACUGCAAAGGCUGUUGAUCCUCUUGGCCCUUCACAAUCGAGAUUUUAAGGCCUCUACCUGGGAGCUCUCGCGCGACUUCCACGGACUGAAAACAACAACUCAGUACUCUACCUACGCUCUCAAUAUGUUGCCAUUCCUCAAUUGA